AUGUCUACCAGUUCCACUGUUCAUCCACGAACGGUUCUUUUUCUCUGUUGUCUGUGUUUCUUCUUCGUUACAUACUCCCUCAUCCUCCACGCCGGUAGAGAGCUGGAACGUCCCCGAUGGACAGUGACACGUCGUGAAGAGACACGACACUCACCGCCCAGAUCGACUUCUCCGUUUCAGUCGAGAAGCGUGACGACCACUGAGCGAGUUCACAUCGUGCAAUUGCCGAUCAGUGAAAGCUCUCAAGUGUCCCCAGCCCACAUUCUUGCCCUUUCGCCCCAUGGCAACACUUCGCAAUCUGUAUCGUCGAUUGUAACCACUAACCAGGUUAGCGACAGUGAUUCGCUGUCUGAUGAUUAUGAGCUCGUCGACGACAAUACCCUGACAGUUGACGUCGAUCUCACUGAAAGAGCAACUUCUCCAAGCUAUGUUAUUCUAUCUAAAAGCGAAAGCCAGGUUCCAGUGUCUCCAAUCACAAAGGCGAAACUCAAUAUUGAACUCGAGAUUCCCCCAAAACAAAGCAUUAAAUAUAGCUAUGAUCAGCCACCAGUAGCACCGACUAGCAUUGUUUCCGAGAUAACAGAAUCACAGUACACAGCCGACGAUGAAAGACAAUCAUUGACUCCUGAAUCAGAUGAUUUUGAGAAACUGGACAUGACCUAUCCAAUUCACCAGGACUACGAUCUGGCAUCAAUAACUACUACUUCUAGAAACACGAACAUCGCAGAAAUACCACUCACUCAACACGUCGACCUGUACCAUAAUCAAUUUUUUUACGAUCAAAUACCAGGACCAUCUUCCCCGAAAUCCAAAUCUAAAGACAAAAAAGGAGAUAAAGAAAAGAAGAGAAGAGAAACAACAAAAACUAAACCAUCUCAUCUUGACUAUCCAAUCUCGGAACAAUACGAAGGACCACUCGAUUCAACUCAUCGUGCUUCCAACAUCCACGACAUUCCUCUCACAACCGAAGUCAGCUCCUAUCCAACUGAAUACAGCUACGAGAAGCUGCCAGAACACGUUAUUCCAGUUGUUGUUGAAGAAUCCGAGAAGAAGGAUGAGCCAUCGUUGAAGUCCAAGAUCACUGGAUUGUUCAAGAAGUCACCAUCUCAUCUUGACUAUCCAAUCUCGGAACAAUACGAAGGACCACUCGAUUCAACUCAUCGUGCUUCCAACAUCCACGACAUUCCUCUCACAACCGAAGUCAGCUCCUAUCCAACUGAAUUCAGCUACGAGAAGCUGCCAGAACACGUUAUUCCAGUUGUUGUUGAAGAAUCCGAGAAGAAGGAUGAACAGUCAUUGAAGUCCAAGAUCACUGGAUUGUUCAAGAAGUCACCAUCUCAUCUUGACUAUCCAGUAUCCGAUCAAUACGAAGGACCACUCGAUUCAACUCAUCGUGCUUCCAACAUCCACGACAUUCCUCUCACAACCGAAGUCAGCUCCUAUCCAACUGAAUUCAGCUACGAGAAGCUGCCAGAACACGUUAUUCCAGUUGUUGUUGAAGAAUCCGAGAAGAAGGAUGAGCCAUCGUUGAAGUCCAAGAUCACUGGAUUGUUCAAGAAGUCACCAUCUCACUUGACUAUCCAGUAUCCGAUCAAUACGAAGGACCACUCGAUUCAACUCAUCGUGCUUCCAACAUCCACGACAUUCCUCUCACAACCGAACUACGAGAAGCUGCCAGAACACGUUGUUCCAGUUGUUGUUGAAGAAUCCGAGAAGAAGGAUGAACAGUCAUUGAAGUCCAAGAUCACUGGAUUGUUCAAGAAGUCACCAUCUCAUCUUGACUAUCCAGUAUCCGAUCAAUACGAAGGACCACUCGAUUCAACUCAUCGUGCUUCCAACAUCCACGACAUUCCUCUCACAACCGAAGUCAGCUCCUAUCCAACUGAAUACAGCUACGAGAAGCUGCCAGAACACGUUAUUCCAGUUGUUGUUGAAGAAUCCGAGAAGAAGGAUGAGCCAUCGUUGAAGUCCAAGAUCACUGGAUUGUUCAAGAAGUCACCAUCUCAUCUUGACUAUCCAGUAUCCGAUCAAUACGAAGGACCACUCGAUUCAACUCAUCGUGCUUCCAACAUCCACGACAUUCCUCUCACAACCGAAGUCAGCUCCUAUCCAACUGAAUUCAGCUACGAGAAGCUGCCAGAACACCUACGAGAAGCUGCCAGAACACGUUAUUCAGUUGUUGUUGAAGAAUCCGAGAAGAAGGAUGAACAGUCAUUGAAGUCCAAGAUCACUGGAUUGUUCAAGAAGUCACCAUCUCAUCUUGACUAUCCAGUAUCCGAUCAAUACGAAGGACGACUCGAUUCAACUCAUCGUGCUUCCAACAUCCACGACAUUCCUCUCACAACCGAAGUCAGCUCCUAUCCAACUGAAUACAGCUACGAGAAGCUGCCAGAACACGUUAUUCCAGUUGUUGUUGAAGAAUCCGAGAAGAAGGAUGAGCCAUCGUUGAAGUCCAAGAUCACUGGAUUGUUCAAGAAGUCACCAUCUCAUCUUGACUAUCCAAUCUCGGAACAAUACGAAGGACCACUCGAUUCAACUCAUCGUGCUUCCAACAUCCACGACAUUCCUCUCACAACCGAAGUCAGCUCCUAUACAACUGAAUUCAGCUACGAGAAGCUGCCAGAACACGUUAUUCCAGUUGUUGUUGAAGAAUCCGAGAAGAAGGAUGAGCCAUCGUUGAAGUCCAAGAUCACUGGAUUGUUCAAGAAGUCACCAUCUCAUCUUGACUAUCCAGUAUCCGAUCAAUACGAAGGACCACUCGAUUCAACUCAUCGUGCUUUCAACAUCCACGACAUUCCUCUCACAACCGAAGUCAGCUCCUAUCCAACUGAAUACAGCUACGAGAAGCUGCCAGAACACGUUAUUCCAGUUGUUGUUGAAGAAUCCGAGAAGAAGGAUGAACAGUCAUUGAAGUCCAAGAUCACUGGAUUGUUCAAGAAGUCACCAUCUCAUCUUGACUAUCCAGUAUCCGAUCAAUACGAAGGACCACUCGAUUCAACUCAUCGUGCUUCCAACAUCCACGACAUUCCUCUCACAACCGAAGUCAGCUCCUAUCCAACGGAAUUCAGCUACGAGAAGCUGCCAGAACACGUUAUUCCAGUUGUUGUUGAAGAAUUCGAGAAGAAGGAUGAGCCAUCGUUAAAGUCCAAGAUCACUGGAUUGUUCAAGAAGUCACCAUCUCAUCUUGACUAUCCAGUAUCCGAUCAAUACGAAGGACCACUCGAUUCAACUCAUCGCGCUUCCAACAUCCACGACAUUCCUCUCACAACCGAAGUCAGCUCCUAUCCAACGGAAUUCAGCUACGAGAAGCUGCCAGAACACGUUAUUCCAGUUGUUGUUGAAGAAUCCGAGAAGAAGGAUGAGCCAUCGUUAAAGUCCAAGAUCACUGGAUUGUUCAAGAAGUCACCAUCUCAUCUUGACUAUCCAAUCUCGGAACAAUACGAAGGACCACUCGAUUCAACUAAUCGUGCUUCCAACAUCCACGACAUUCCUCUCACAACCGAAGUCAGCUCCUAUCCAACUGAAUACAGCUACGAGAAGCUGCCAGAACACGUUAUUCCAGUUGCUGUUGAAGAAUCCGAGAAGAAGGAUGAGCCAUCGUUGAAGUCCAAGAUCACUGGAUUGUUCAAGAAGUCACCAUCUCAUCUUGACUAUCCAAUCUCGGAACAAUACGAAGGACCACUCGAUUCAACUCAUCGUGCUUCCAACAUCCACGACAUUCCUCUCACAACCGAAGUCAGCUCCUAUCCAACGGAAUUCAGCUACGAGAAGCUGCCAGAACACGUUAUUCCAGUUGUUGUUGAAGAAUCCGAGAAGAAGGAUGAGCCAUCGUUAAAGUCCAAGAUCACUGGAUUGUUCAAGAAGUCACCAUCUCAUCUUGACUAUCCAAUCUCGGAACAAUACGAAGGACCACUCGAUUCAACUCAUCGUGCUUCCAACAUCCACGACAUUCCUCUCACAACCGAAGUCAGCUCCUAUCCAACGGAAUUCAGCUACGAGAAGCUGCCAGAACACGUUAUUCCAGUUGUUGUUGAAGAAUCCGAGAAGAAGGAUGAGCCAUCGUUAAAGUCCAAGAUCACUGGAUUGUUCAAGAACUACGAGAAGCUGCCAGAACACGUUAUUCCAGUUGUUGUUGAAGAAUCCGAGAAGAAGGAUGAGCCAUCGUUGAAGUCCAAGAUCACUGGAUUGUUCAAGAAGUCACCAUCUCAUCUUGACUAUCCAAUCUCGGAACAAUACGAAGGACCACUCGAUUCAACUCAUCGUGCUUCCAACAUCCACGACAUUCCUCUCACAACCGAAGUCAGCUCCUAUCCAACUGAAUACAGCUACGAGAAGCUGCCAGAACACGUUAUUCCAGUUGUUGUUGAAGAAUCCGAGAAGAAGGAUGAGCCAUCGUUGAAGUCCAAGAUCACUGGAUUGUUCAAGAAGUCACCAUCUCAUCUUGACUAUCCAAUCUCGGAACAAUACGAAGGACCACUCGAUUCAACUCAUCGUGCUUCCAACAUCCACGACAUUCCUCUCACAACCGAAGUCAGCUCCUAUCCAACUGAAUUCGGUUACGAGAAGCUGCCAGAACACGUUAUUCCAGUUGUUGUUGAAGAAUCCGAGAAGAAGGAUGAACAGUCAUUGAAGUCCAAGAUCACUGGAUUGUUCAAGAAGUCACCAUCUCAUCUUGACUAUCCAUUAUCCGAUCAAUACGAAGGACCACUCGAUUCAACUCAUCGUGCUUCCAACAUCCACGACAUUCCUCUCACAACCGAAGUCAGCUCCUAUCCAACGGAAUUCAGCUACGAGAAGCUGCCAGAACACGUUAUUCCAGUUGUUGUUGAAGAAUCCGAGAAGAAGGAUGAACAGUCAUUGAAGUCCAAGAUCACUGGAUUGUUCAAGAAGUCACCAUCUCAUCUUGACUAUCCAGUAUCCGAUCAAUACGAAGGACCACUCGAUUCAACUCAUCGUGCUUCCAACAUCCACGACAUUCCUCUCACAACCGAAGUCAGCUCCUAUCCAACGGAAUUCAGCUACGAGAAGCUGCCAGAACACAUAAUCACUGGAUUGUUCAAGAAGUCACCAUCUCAUCUUGACUAUCCAAUCUCGGAACAAUACGAAGGACCACUCGAUUCAACUCAUCGUGCUUCCAACAUCCACGACAUUCCUCUCACAACCGAAGUCAGCUCCUAUCCAACGGAAUUCAGCUACGAGAAGCUGCCAGAACACGUUGUUCCAGUUGUUGUUGAAGAAUCCGAGAAGAAGGAUGAGCCAUCGUUGAAGUCCAAGAUCGCUGGAUUGUUCAAGAAGUCACCAUCUCAUCUUGACUAUCCAAUCUCGGAACAAUACGAAGGACCACUCGAUUCAACUCAUCGUGCUUCCAACAUCCACGACAUUCCUCUCACAACCGAAAUCACUGGAUUGUUCAAGAAGUCACCAUCUCAUCUUGACUAUCCAAUCUCGGACCAAUACGAAGGACCACUCGAUUCAACUCAUCGUGCUUCCAACAUCCACGACAUUCCUCUCACAACCGAAGUCAGCUCCUAUCCAACGGAAUUCAGCUACGAGAAGCUGCCAGAACACGUUAUUCCAGUUGUUGUUGAAGAAUCCGAGAAGAAGGAUGAGCCAUCGUUGAAGUCCAAGAUCACUGGAUUGUUCAAGAAGUCACCAUCUCAUCUUGACUAUCCAAUCUCGGAACAAUACGAAGGACCACUCGAUUCAACUCAUCGUGCUUCCAACAUCCACGACAUUCCUCUCACAACCGAAGUCAGCUCCUAUCCAACUGAAUUCAGCUACGAGAAGCUGCCAGAACACGUUAUUCCAGUUGUUGUUGAAGAAUCCGAGAAGAAGGAUGAACAGUCAUUGAAGUCCAAGAUCACUGGAUUGUUCAAGAAGUCACCAUCUCAUCUUGACUAUCCAGUAUCCGAUCAAUACGAAGGACCACUCGAUUCAACUCAUCGCGCUUCCAACAUCCACGACAUUCCUCUCACAACCGAAGUCAGCUCCUAUCCAACUGAAUACAGCUACGAGAAGCUGCCAGAACACGUUAUUCCAGUUGUUGUUGAAGAAUCCGAGAAGAAGGAUGAGCCAUCGUUGAAGUCCAAGAUCACUGGAUUGUUCAAGAAGUCACCAUCUCAUCUUGACUAUCCAAUCUCGGAACAAUACGAAGGACCACUCGAUUCAACUCAUCGUGCUUCCAACAUCCACGACAUUCCUCUCACAACCGAA